CUGGAUUCCUCCGCGCCACGCUCGCUCCCUCCCUCUCUUUCCCUCCGGCAGCCCGCCCGGCACCGCCCGAGCUCUGACCCGGCACCGCAAGCAUGGAGCUCAUCAACAUCCUCGAGAAGACCGUGUCGCCCGACCGUAAUGAGUUGGAGGCAGCGCAGAAGUUCCUGGAGCAGGCGGCCAUCGAGAACUUGCCAACCUUCUUGGUGGAGCUUUCAAAAGUCCUUGCAAAUCCUUCAAACAGCCAGGUGGCCAGAGUUGCAUCUGGCUUGCAAAUUAAGAACUCUCUCACUUCAAAAGAUCCUGAUGUGAAGUCGCAAUACCAGCAGCGCUGGCUGGCAAUCGAUGCCAAUGCCCGCCAAGAAAUCAAAACUUUUGUCUUGCGGACACUUGGCACAGAGAGCUAUAGGCCCAGCUCGGCAUCGCAGUGUGUGGCAGGCAUAGCGUGUGCUGAAAUACCUGUAAACCAAUGGCCUCAGCUCAUCCCACAGCUGGUUGCCAAUGUGACCGACCCAAACAGUACAGAACACAUGAAAGAAUCAACGCUGGAGGCGAUAGGAUACAUCUGCCAGGACAUUGACCCGGAGCAACUGCAGCACAAAUCCAAUGAGAUCCUCACAGCAAUUAUUCAGGGCAUGAGGAAAGAGGAGCCCAGUAACAAUGUCAGGCUGGCAGCGACCAAUGCCUUGCUCAACUCCCUGGAGUUUACCAAAGCCAACUUCGACAAGGAGUCUGAAAGACACUAUAUUAUGCAAGUGGUCUGUGAAGCUACGCAGUGCCCAGACACCAGAGUACGAGUAGCUGCUUUGCAAAACUUGGUGAAGAUCAUGUCUCUCUACUACCAGUACAUGGAGACCUAUAUGGGUCCUGCACUGUUUGCUAUCACUGUAGAAGCAAUGAAGAAUGAAAUAGAUGAAGUUGCUCUGCAGGGAAUUGAAUUCUGGUCCAACGUUUGUGACGAGGAGAUGGACCUUGCAAUUGAGGCAACAGAGGCAGCUGAGCAAGGAAGACCUCCAGAGCAUACGAGCAAGUUCUACGCUAAAGGGGCUUUGCAGUACCUUGUCCCCAUCCUGACCCAAACUCUUACAAAGCAGGACGAAAAUGAUGACGACGAUGAUUGGAAUCCAUGCAAGGCUGCCGGAGUGUGCCUCAUGCUUCUUGCCACCUGCUGUGAGGAUGACAUUGUUCCCCAUGUCCUACCGUUCAUUAAGGAGCAUAUUAAGAAUCCGGACUGGCGUUACAGAGAUGCUGCUGUUAUGGCUUUUGGCUGCAUCCUAGAAGGACCAGAGGCCUGCCAGCUGAAACCUCUAGUCAUCCAGGCCAUGGCCACAUUGGUUGAGCUCAUGAAGGACCCCAGUGUGGUUGUUAGAGACACAACAGCAUGGACUGUGGGCAGGAUAUGUGAGCUGCUGCCUGAGGCGGCCAUCAAUGACGUUUACCUGGCCCCUCUUCUGCAGUGCCUCAUGGAAGGACUUGGGGCAGAACCCAGAGUUGCUUCCAACGUCUGCUGGGCCUUUUCCAGUUUGGCUGAAGCUGCAUAUGAAGCAGCAGAUGUAACAGAUGACCAAGAAGAGCCUGCCUCGUAUUGCUUGUCCAGCUCCUUUGAGGUGAUCGUGCAGAAAUUGCUUGAAACCACAGACAGACCCGACGGGCACCAGAACAACCUACGAAGUUCUGCCUAUGAAGCCCUAAUGGAAAUAGUUAAGAACAGUGCCAAGGACUGCUAUCCCGCAGUGCAGAAAACCACACUGGUGAUCAUGGAGCGGCUGCAGCAAGUGCUUCAGAUGGAGUCCCACAUACAAAGCACGUCAGAUAGGAUCCAGUUCAAUGAUCUGCAGUCCCUUCUGUGCGCUACUCUCCAGAAUGUACUUCGGAAGGUGCAACCCCAGGACGCACUGCAGAUAUCUGAUGUAGUGAUGGCGUCUCUGCUCCGCAUGUUCCAGAGCACCGCUGGCUCUGGGGGGGUGCAAGAGGAUGCUCUGAUGGCUGUGAGCACUUUGGUUGAAGUGUUAGGACCAGAGUUUCUGAAGUACAUGGAGGCAUUUAAACCAUUCCUUGGUAUUGGCCUGAAGAAUUAUGCAGAGUAUCAGGUUUGCUUAGCUGCUGUGGGACUUGUAGGUGAUCUGUUCCGAGCUCUACAACUAAAUAUUCUGCCAUUCUGUGAUGAAAUCAUGCAACUUCUCCUGGAAAACUUGGGUAAUGAGAAUGUUCACCGCUCAGUGAAGCCACAGAUCUUGUCUGUGUUUGGUGAUAUUGCCCUGGCCAUUGGGGGGGAAUUUAAGAAAUAUCUAGAUGUUGUUCUCAACACAUUACAGCAAGCAUCGCAAGCUCAAGUUGACAAGACAGACUACGAUAUGGUAGAUUAUUUGAAUGACCUGCGAGAGGGUUGUCUGGAAGCAUACACCGGAAUCAUCCAAGGGCUCAAGGGUGAUCAAGAAAACGUGCACCCUGAUGUGAUGCUGGUGCAGCCUCGUGUGGAGUUCAUUCUAUCCUUCAUAGAUCACAUUGCCGGUGAUGAGGAUCACACAGACAGUGUUGUGGCCUGUGGUGCUGGUCUCAUUGGAGAUCUAUGCACAGCUUUUGGGAAGGAUGUUCUUAAACUGGUAGAAGCUCGUCCAAUGAUUCAUGAGCUUUUGACAGAAGGAAGGAGGUCCAAGACAAACAAGACAAAAACUCUUGCUACUUGGGCCACCAAGGAACUGAGGAAGCUAAAAAGUCAAGCCUGACCUUGCCGGGUAGGUGAUGCCUAAUAGCCCACUGGAAAUCUCCAACCUUAUUUGAAAACAAAAUUAUAUCCCGGAAGUGAGAAGUAUGAGCGGAUACUGAAUGUUUGGGAAUGAGCGAAUGAAUGAGUGAGGCUUCAAACAUACCGAUAAUGCAACCACAGCAGUGCUGUGAGAAGAGCAGACUUCCUGGGAAUGAGGUGGAAGAACCGUGAUAGUCUGCCCAAUCCCCCCAAGAGGAACAAGCGCAGUAGACGUCUGCUUUCACUGCCUUGUGGCCAGGGCAGAGCAGGAGUGACUGGUGUAACUUUAUUUUUUAAUUCAUUAUAACAUCUGCCCCCCUGCAUUUAUUUUUUUUCCCCUCCAAACUCCCUGCUGAAGAAUGCAGCACCCCCCUGCCGUGCAACCCAUCUGAGAGCAGGGAGCCUGAACGGAAGGAUUUUUCAGUCAGAGUGAGUGUGUGUGAAUGAGGAGGUACAGCAGUGUCUACAGUCUGAACUUCAUUUGCCGUUUAUUCUGACCCUGAGGAGAAGGUUUUUAGUGUUCUAAGUGCUUCUGGAUUCAUCUAGAGGAAUAACACGCAGCAUUGUCAUCAGAUGCAAUACAAGGUUUCUAGUAUGAAAAAUGUCUUUUUCUAGUUUAACUCUGUUUUAACUGCUUUUCUACAAGCGGCACUUAGGAGCAUAUUGCAGGUGCCUCUUGCAGUCGAAGUAGUUAGGGGAAACACUGGCUUGGAUAUUCUGUAGUCCUGUAGUAAGCGAGCUGCUUGUGGCAUUAACUCUUUUGGUAACUUGUGACUAGGGCGAGAGAGGAAUUGCUAAAAUUGAUGGAACAGGAAAAGCCCUCAAACUAGCACAUAGUGCCCUAUCCUUCAAAAAUUGAGUCAGAAUUUGAAAUUUGUUUUGAAGGUUAACAGCCCUGUCCCUCUAACGUGCCAAAGAAUCAAAUCCUUAAAGGUUUCUUCAGUGUGAAUAACCUUUUGCUCGGCGGGGGUCAGCGGCUCACUUCUCUCCAUUCUUGUUUUUGAGUCGGUGCUGGCUCCCUCCUUGUAGUGAGAUAAAAAAACAAAAAAAAAAAUCGGAUUAUCAGUAAGUCAAGUGAUGCUAUGCCAUAGAGCACUACGCUAACUUUUAUUUCACUGACUAAUGUGAUACUCAAUUUCCUGCACUUAAACAUUAAAAUUGAAAAUUGAAAAAAAAUAGUUUAAAUGAAAAUAAUUAAAAAAAAAAAUGUAUAAGUAUAUUCUAGAUACGGAUGGACGUACGUUGGACCAUGGCACUUGUACAAGGUUCUAUUUUUUCACUGCAGUUAAAGAUUAAUAAAAUGGUGUCAAACAUC